AUGUGUGACAUCAAUGUUGAAGAAGUCUUGAGCAAGCUCACUGUUGCUGAAAAAUGCAACCUCACCGCCGGUAGCGACUUCGCGCAUACAUUCCCCAUCCCUCGUCUCGGAAUUCCAGCUCUGCGAACGAGCGAUGGCCCAAACACUGUUCGAGGAACACGCUUCUUCAACUCUACUCCGACGAUAUGUCUCCCUGCUGGCCCCGCUCUUGCUGCGACAUGGAACCGAGCCUUGCUCCAGGAAAUUGGUGGUCUACUAGGGGACGAGUGCAUUGCUAAAGGCUCUCACGUACUCCUAGGCCCCUGUAUCAACAUACCACGUUCACCUUUAGGAGGCCGCGGUCAAGAGGCCUUUGGUGAGGACCCUAUGCUUGCCGGGGUGCUCGCGGCAUACAUGUGUCGUGGAAUGCAAGAGAAGGGCAUUAUUGCGACACCAAAACAUUUUGUGUGCUCAGACCAAGAACAAGGCUGCUUCAGUAUGAAUUGCAUUGUCACGGAGCGGGCACUGCGAGAGAUUUAUCUCAUGCCGUUUAUGCUGGCGAUUAAGCUUGGUGAUCCCGGAGCUAUCAUGGCUGCAUACAACAAGAUCAAUGGGAUCCACGUUUCAGAAGAUAAACGGAUUUUGCAAACAAUUCUCCGUGAGGAAUGGGGGUUCCAAGGUCUGGUCAUGAGUGAUUGGCACGGGUUGUACUCGACAACCGGGCCAAUCCGCGCUGGACUUGAUCUUGAGAUGCCAGGACCGAGUCAGUGGAGAGGCAAGAACUUGGCACAUUCGCUGCUGGCUGACCGAUUGACGAACCGAGCCCUCGAUAACUGCGUGCGCAAUGUUCUCAAAAUGGUGAAGGGGGCUGCGAGGUCCAAUAUUCAAGUGGAUGCUCCAGAACGACCACUAAACCGCGAGCAAGACCGUGAACUACUUCGUCGUGCCGCGGCCGAGUCAAUUGUACUUAUGAAAAACAAUAACAACAUUCUCCCGCUAGAUCCUACCAGGUCCAUCGCUGUCAUCGGCCCAAACGCUGCUAUCGCCGCCUACAGAGGUGGACGAAUCGCUCAUCUUCGCCCUUACUACACCGUAACUCCGUUAGAAGCCAUCCGCCAGCGUAGCGAGGCUGAAGUCGCCUUUGCACAGGGUGUGUACAAUCACAAGGAGCGGCCUUUAUUGGGCCAUCAGCUUAAGACUAAGAGUGGAAAACUUGGUUUCGACAUGUAUGUCUAUACUGAGCCUUCGACCAUCACUGAUCGCAAACCGGUGGAUCACUAUGAGUUUCUCAACUCAUGUGGGUAUUUUUUCAACUAUGAACAUCCAGAACGUAUCGAUAAGGAGAACUGGCAUGUGAACAUCGAGGGUUUUCUCACAGCUACGGAAUCAGGUCCCUACGAUUUUGGAGUCAGUGUUCAGGGUACAGCUUCUCUUUACGUGGACGGAAAGCUUGUCGUCGACAACACACACAACCAGACCUUUGGCGAGGGAUUCUUCCGCGCCGGUACCAUUGAAGUGGUUGGAACUGUCAAUCUUGUGGCGGGACAGACGUACAAUGUGCUUGUUCACUGGGCUGGUGCGCAUACUUCGGAGCUUAUCAAAAACUCCCCCCUUACAUUUCAUCCUGGCGGCAUUCGGCUCGGCGGCUGCAUGAAGUUAGAUGUCGAAUCUUCCAUCGCCGCCGCUGCAAAGCUCGCUGCGGAAUUCGAUCAAGUCGUUGUCCUAGCAGGGCUCAUGGGCGAUUGGGAAACAGAAGGAUCUGAUCGGGCAAACAUUGACCUUCCCGAACAUACUGAUGAUCUCAUUACGAGAGUCCUUGAAGCUAAUUCUAAGGCGGUCAUCUGCAUCAGUUCAGGGAGCCCUGUUGCAAUGCCUUGGGUCGACAAGGCUGCGACGUUACUGCACGUAUGGUAUGGUGGCAACGAAACAGGUAAUGCUAUCAGCGAUGUUUUGUACGGCGAUGUCAACCCUUCAGGAAAACUACCCCUCUCUUUCCCCAUCCGCCUUAGCGACAACCCUGCCUAUCUCUAUAGCCGUGCGGAGCGACGACGCCUUCUAUAUGGAGAAGAUAUUUAUGUGGGCUAUCGCUUCUACGACAUCAUGGCCAAAGAAGUGCUCUUCCCAUUUGGCCAUGGUCUAUCCUAUACGCAGUUCGCUCUCUCGGAUCUAUCACUCGCAGUGGAUGGGAAAGAAGAACACGCAACACUUACCGUCAAGUUGGAGGUUGCUAACGUUGGGGAUCGCGAUGGAUCUGAGACCGUACAAGUUUACAUUCAGCCCGAAGCGCCUAGUGUAGGACGGCCGUUGAGGGAACUCAAAGGCUUCGAAAAGGUAACAAUCCCAAAGCAAGCCAAAGCUACUGUCACAGUACCCAUGGAACUCAAAUACGCAAUGGCCUUUUGGGACGAGGCUGAAGAGCGGUGGGUUUGCGAAAAGGGCAUUUACACAAUUCAGGUUGGAACAAGCAGCAGAGGGAAGUUCCUGGAGCAGCGUUUUGAAGUUGAACAAACGUUUUGGUGGCAAGGCCUAUAG